CCGCGACCGUGGACCCUACGUCCCCUGGAGAAGAACAGCCGGCUUCUUGCAACGGGACCGGCUGUGGCUUCUGCGCUCUUGACCUGUAGCCUCGCAGGUGUCAGCUGACAGUGUAAGGCGCCGGGCGGGUCCGGCUGCAGCGGCUAGGCUUUGAUGCUGAGCUCUGGUAAAAGGAGGCUGUUCUCAGCUCUGCUGCACGUUCAGAAGAGGCCCUGUCAGCCAUCGAGAGCGAUGAGACUGGUACAGUUCCAGACACCCCACCUGGAGGGGCCUCACCUGGGCCUGGAGUCGGGGAUUGGUGGGGGAGUCGUAGACCUAAACACCUUUGACCCCACACUCCCCAAGACAAUGCUGCAGUUCCUGGAGCAGGGAGAGACUGCCCUCUCAGUGGCAAGAAGAGCCCUGGCUACUCAGUUGCCAGUCCUCCCUCGGUCACAGGUGACCUUCCUGGCCCCUGUCACCCGGCCAGACAAGGUGGUAUGUGUGGGCAUGAAUUAUGCAGAUCACUGCAAAGAACAGAAUGUGCGGGUGCCCAAGGAGCCCAUCAUCUUCAGCAAGUUCUCCAGUUCUAUCGUGGGGCCCUAUGAUGAGAUCAUCCUCCCACCAGAGAGCGAGGAGGUGGACUGGGAGGUGGAACUGGCCGUGAUCAUUGGAAAGAAAGGCAAGCACAUCAAGGCCACAGAUGCCAUGGCUCACGUGGCUGGCUUCACAGUGGCUCAUGAUGUGAGUGCCCGGGACUGGCAGAUGAGACGCAAUGGAAAGCAGUGGUUACUAGGGAAAACUUUUGACACUUUCUGCCCCCUGGGCCCUGCCUUGGUUACCAGGGACAGCAUAACAGACCCACACAAUCUAAAGAUCUGCUGCCGUGUGAAUGGGGAGGUAGUCCAGAGCAGCAGCACCAACCAGAUGGUGUUCAAGACUGAAGAGCUGAUAGCCUGGGUCUCCCAGUUUGUCACUCUUUAUCCAGGGGACAUCAUCCUGACUGGGACUCCUCCAGGUGUCGGUGUGUUUAGGAAGCCUCCUGUCUUUCUCAAGAAGGGGGAUGAAGUCCAGUGUGAGAUUGAAGAAAUCGGUGUCAUCGUCAAUAAGGUGGUGUGAUGGCAUCCCUGUGAACACUGGACUUGACACAAGGUGGGACUUUUGCUCCCACAAAGCUCACUGCUGGCCCUGCCCACUUGAGGUGCUCCUAGGUAGGCCUUGGAAAUAAAUUUUCUCUCAGAGUUGCA